UUCAGGUGAUCAAAAUCUACAAUGGAAGGGGAAUCCUGUGUUCCACCAGGUUUUAGGUUCCAUCCAACAGAAGAAGAGCUUGUGGGUUACUAUCUCAAACGAAAGGUGAAUUCCCAAAAGAUUGAUAUGGAGGUCAUCACUGAAAUUGAUCUCUACAGAAUUGAGCCAUGGGACAUCCAAGAUAGAUGCAAGCUAGGAAAUGAGGAAAGAAAUGAAUGGUACUUCUUUAGUCACAAAGACAAGAAGUAUCCAACUGGAACAAGAACCAAUAGAGCAACUGUAGCUGGAUUCUGGAAGGCAACAGGCAGAGACAAAGCUGUUCUUUCUAAAAACAGAAUUAUAGGGAUGAGGAAGACCUUGGUGUUCUACAAGGGCCGCGCACCUCAUGGGAAGAAAUCUGACUGGAUCAUGCAUGAGUAUCGACUCCAAACAUCUGAACAUGGACCUCCUCAGGAAGAAGGAUGGGUUGUGUGUCGCGCAUUCAAGAAGCCGAGUCCAAGCCAUGCACAGUGUUUUCAAAUGAUGAAUCGCGCUUACUAUGCAAGAGAUCAUGAACAAAGUGGAAUUCGAUCAUUUUCAGAUAUAAUUAGUCCUGUGCAAGUAAUUAACAAUUACCAAGGAACCACAAGUUUUCCUCAUCAACCUGUUUGCUAUGAGCAGCAAGAAUUUGUGUCCGAGAAUGUUAACGACUUAGAUCAUCAACUCAUUGAUCUUCCUCAACUAGAUAGCCCUACACUGUCCACCAGUUUAGCCACUAGAGAAGGUUUUGAUCAGCCUUGUGGUACUUCAAAAGAGGAUUAUAAUGACCAAAGGAACAACCAUGGAGCACAGUUUGUUGAUUGGAGAACUUUGGAUGAGCUUCUGGCAUCACAACUUAGUGACACUACAUCAUGUCCCACUACUAAUUUCCCAUUAAUUCAACAAGAUUAUGACUUGGAUGCCCUAAAUCAAGGAAAUAAUCUCCUUGGUUGCUUUCAUAAUAACUUGUAACAGUCUUACUACUGGUGGGUUCCUUUAGUUGACUGAAUAGUAGGAAGUAUGGUCACUUUCUAUCCCAGA